AUGGCUGAGGAUGAAGAGGCAGAAUCAGAAACAAGCAAUCUGGCAUGGGUGAACAGUUUGCUGAGAGCAUUGUGGCCAAACGCGACGGUUGCGCUCGUCAACUUUGCCCAUACGGAGCUAACGGCCAAGCUGCAGCAAGGUUUGCCACUCCCUUUCAACCGGGCACGCUUUGCAAGGUUCUCACUUGGGGAUGGAGUUCCGAGCUUUGGGCCAAUUGAUGUCACGCGACGAUCUGACAGCCACAUAAGCAUCGAGCUGGAGAUGUCUUACUCCAGCCGAGUGGAUGUGUUGCUUGCUGCUGGAUCAAGUAGCAUGUCAGUUGGAGUGAAGCACGUCAGAUUCCAUGGCAGGCUGUGCACGGAAUUGAAGCCCGUUCUAGACACAUGGCCAGUGGUUGGGGCAUUACUUAUAGCAUUUACGGGGCAACCACAGUUGGAGCUGGAGUUUUCAGGCAUUGCAGAUUCACCGGUCCCUGGUCUAGCAAAACGAAUCAAAAGCAUCGUGGACGCAGUGCUUGCAAGGCUUGUGCUUCCGAACUGCAAGUGUGUCCGUCUUACCACAGAUCAGCGUUUAUUGAACCUGGCGGCUUGCUCAAAGGAUCCAAUUGGUGUCCUGAAGAUGCAAGUCUCGCGCGGUAUCAACUUGGCCGGUGCGAAUUGGCGCAUGGGUGCAGUACGUAGUUUCACCUCCAAUCCGUACUGCAUUGUGCAAGUAGGAAGUACCAGGUCUCGCACAAGCACAGUUCCGGCAACCACAAAUCCUGACUGGAAUGACGAUCCGGUCUAUUUCCUGGUGCAUCACAAGGAUCAAGAAGUAUCGGUGGAUGUGAUGGAUGAUGAUGGCGGUUUCUUGCAACGAAACUUCGUGGGACUUCUUGGCCGCUUGCGAUGCACAGUUCGCGAGCUUUUACGCAAUUGUCGGCCAGGACUGGGUUCAAAAAUCUGCCGCUUUGCACUGGACACCUCGCAGGUCAAACGCGGGCUGUUGCAUGUAGAUGACCCUGUUAACACUGGAGUUCCUUCAGAGCUUGAUGUGCUUGUUGGAUGGAUGGAGAUGUCUUCGAGACUGCCACAAACUGUGGCGCCUGCAUGUGCUCCUUGUGAACCUGCUGGCAUUAUUCUGCUAGAGCUGCAUCAUGGGAUGGGCUUUCCAGAGGAGAUCUUAGCAAGCACGGGCUCCUCAGGCCUCACCAAUUUGCGCUGGAUGUGUUCUUUGAGCAAAGAUGGAGAAGAUCUGGGUUCAAGUGCGCGUAGCUCUGCAGGGAAACUUUCGACAAACGAGCCGAAUUUUCACUUGCCAAUACCACAUUGCUUGUAUCAGGUCAUCGACCAGCUUAUAGAGAGAGGUGUUGAAUCGAUGGAGGUUGCUGAUAUUGUGCAGUUGGAGCAUGCUCAAGUGCAGCAAUACCUGUUGGCGAAGUCUCACUUCCUGGAAGACAUGUCCGCUCGGCAGCUGGAAACUGGUGCAGAUCGUUGUGUGGAUGUGGAAUGGCAUGAAACCUUGGCGCUCCUUGUCACUAAGCCAAGGGUGACGCAUGUCCACCUAAGCCUCGCUGAAGCUGAUCGCAUUGUUGGUAGUGUUGAGCCGAUCCGAGUCGAGGACAUGUUGUCCAGCGGAGGCCCGUUGCAGAUGUCUUGCAAACUGGCUGCUGCCUCCUCCGGUGCUGGUCCUGGUCAUCGCACUGGCACAGAAGGCAAUGCUGCAGGCAAGCUAUCAGCUUGGAUGUUUCCCACGUGUGCUGCACCCGCGAUGUCCAUAAGUCGUUUCAGCGCUGUGCAUUUGGACGUCUCGCUGCGCUAUCAAGCCCUCGUGCUGCCGACCAGAACCUUCUGA